AUGAACACUCUCUCUGAAACAUCCGACAAAACUAUCCCAGAUGCCUCCGACUACAAAGGCCAUCCAGCCCAGAAGUCUAAAACUGGUGGUUGGGUUUCUGCCGCCAUGAUUUUAGGAGUGGAAGCAAGUGAGAGGUUAACGACAAUGGGUGUUGCCGUAAAUUUGGUGACAUAUUUGACGGGUACGAUGCAUUUGGGCAGUGCUAACUCUGCCAACAUAGUCACCAACUUCAUGGGAACCUCUUUCAUGCUCUGUUUGUUCGGUGGUUUUGUAGCUGACACUUUUAUCGGCAGAUAUCUCACUAUUGCCAUCUUCGCAACCGUUCAAGCAACUGGUGUUGCAAUAUUGACAAUAUCAACCAUAAUCCCAAGCCUGCAUCCUCCAAAAUGUGUAAGAUCUGCUAUGAGAACUUGCGAGCCUGCAAGCGGCAUGCAGCUAUUGGUGCUCUACCUAGCUCUGUACAUCACAGCCCUUGGCAUUGGUGGCUUGAAAUCCAGCGUGUCAGGGUUUGGCUCGGAUCAGUUCGAUGAAUCAGAUAAAGGGGAGAAAAAUCAGAUGAUAAAAUUCUUCAACUGGUUCGUGUUCUUCAUAAGCCUGGGGACUCUGACAGCAGUGACAGUUCUUGUGUACAUUCAGGAUCACGUUGGGAGGUAUUGGGGUUAUGGGAUAAGUGUGUGCGCCAUCCUGGUGGCACUUCUGGUGUUCUUGUCUGGGACAAGGAGGUACCGGUACAAGAAACUGGUGGGGAGUCCCCUGACGCAGAUUGCGAUGGUGUUUGUGGCGGCUUGGAGGAAGAGGCACUUGGAAUUGCCCUCUGAUGCGUCCUUGUUGUUCAACUUGGAUGACGUCGCCGAUGAAACUCUGAGAAAGCACAAGCAGAUGUUGCCCCUUAGCGAACAGUUCCGGUAA